UGACUGACUUGAGGCGCCACAGCCUCGAGUCAAAGCCAAGAUCAAGAUCGUUUGACAGGUUUCUUGUACCAAAUGAAAGUAAAUACUCAUGUUUCUGUAAUGACCUUAAAUAGCUACUGUUUAUCAAUUACUUUUCGUUUACACUCCUUUCCGUUAUCGCUGUUAAUUCAUGAUCAAACGUAUUCAUAAACAUAAAUUUUUACUUAUAUUGGCUUUAAGUAUUUGUUACGUUUAGAUAUUAUUUACAAUGUAAACCGCAAAAAGUAAAAAUUCAAAGUAGUGAUGUGCGUCUAGAUAUUAAACAGAUAGAAUAUACCGCAACGAAAAUUAAAGAUAUCGAUAUUGAAAAUGUAGUGUCAGUAGGUGGUGUGUUUACUGUAAAACAAGAAAGAGAUGACAAUAAGAUUCCUGUGGAAAGUAUGGAUUUACACGAAGAUGCGAAUGAACUUUGCUCUUCCAAUAUUAUAACUCAGGAUGAUCGCCCAAAUAAUCGUACCGCAGAGCUUCAAGUAGCUUGUAUAGAAGGUUUGUUGACACUUAAAAAAGAGAGUAGUGACGAUAUGAUUCCUGUGGAAAGUAUGGAUUUACACGAAGAUGUGAAUGAACUUUGCACUUACCAUAUUAUAACCGAAGAAGAUCGCCCCAAUAAUCGUACGCCAGAACUUGAAGUAACAGCUGUUGAAGAAGCAGUGCUAAUGGACACGCAUAAACACGAAGGUGUUAUACGCUAUUUUGGAAAAAAUAAUGAAGCCGGUAGAAUUAUUUCGAAAAAUGGAAAAUGUUAUAAAUUUUAUAAGAAAGAUAUUGUUGGUUCUUAUAAAUAUUAUAAAUCUCCCCAAAAAGCAAAGUUUGUUGUCGACAAUUCACAAGCAAAUUGGGCAAAAGAUGUAGAAAUAGUUGGAGACAUUUAUGGGCAACGAUGCUAUUAUUGUUUAAUGCAUGGUCACUAUACAGAGGAAUGUAUUCAAUUAGAUAUUGAUUCUUCAAAUUUUUAUUAUCCUUACAUUUAAGGUACUAGUACAAUCUGCUUG